AUGCCUUUCCCCGACCACGCAGCCAUGGGCGCCGCCUCCCUCCUCCCCGCGCAGCCCCCCCUACCCGUCUUCAGCAUCGCCCCCGUCACCAUCCCCUACCCCAACCGCCCCGUCGACCUCCAGCUGCGCGUCUCGGCCCCAGUCCUCUCCUCUACGGCGGCGAAGCAGCCCCUCCCCAUUGUCAUCAUCUCCCACGGCAUGGGCCGCAGCAACUGGCUCAACUCGCUCGCCGGCUACGAGCCCCUCACCCACUACUGGGCCUCGCAGGGCUUCGUCGUCCUCCUGCCCACCCACCUCGCCGCCGUCAGCCUCGGCUUGCCCCCGCCCGCCGCGGACAAUGGCAUGUUCUGGCAGGAUCGCCCCGGCGAGAUCAGCUUCCUGAUCGACCACCUUGACACCCUCGAAACUCUCGUCCCCCAGCUCCAGGGCCGCCUGGACAAGACCAACAUUGCCGUCGCGGGCCAUUCCCUCGGUGGCUUCACGGCCAGUCUCCUCCUCGGCGCGACAAACACGUCCCCCAUCACGGGCACCACCGUCCGCGCCCACGACCCGCGCGUCAAAGCAGGCGUCGUCCUCGGCGGCACAGGCCACGGAGGCGAUAGUCUGUCAGACAAUGGACGCAAAAUGGUCCCCUUUUACGACGUCAACUUUGACACCAUGCGGACACCCGCGCUCAUCAUGGCCGGCGACGCGGACCUGAGCCCCCAUCUCACCGACAGGGGACCCGACUGGCACUGGGACGGGUACACCCACGCACCCGGUCCCAAGGAUCUAUUCAAGGUCCGCGGUGGUGGACACGGCUUUGGCGGCGUGGCGGGCUGGUCGGCGGCUGAGACGGACGACGAGAGUCCCGAGCGUCUGGCUGUCGUGCAGCGCGUCUCGUCUGCGUAUCUGCGUACCGCGCUGUAUGGCGAUGAUGCGUGGGCGCGGACGCUGCGGGUCGUCGAGGGGCAUCCGGAGUUGGGCGCGGCAGAGAGCAAGUAG